GACAAAAAUUUGAACAUGACACGAAAUGGAUAAGCUUUUGAUAUUGAUUUUCCAUGUAAUCCACAUAAACCUCACUUUCCUAAUGACAACAAUCACACACACUCAGUCACAUAAGCAACUUUCCCUCUGAAUUUUCAUUCAUUUUUCUCCCUAAAUAAAUCUCAUUCUAUGCCGGAAAAUUUCUGAUUCCGGCCACCACCGUCUAAAUUCCGAUGGCCGCCGUAACUUCUUCUUUCUCAUUCUCAACACUCACUCAAUCUUCUCAGAGGAAAUUAACCACACUUUCUUCCACUCGCUUCUUUGGUUCCGAUUCAGAUGCAGUUCGGUUUCGUUUCAGCAUAUCGUUGCGCUAUGUUGGAGUUGUUCGAACUUCCAAUUUCGUUUCCAAAUUGGUUGUUCGGUGUUCCUCUUCUGUGUCAGACCCUCCAACUGUUUCUGAGACAAAGUUAAAUUUUCUCAAGGCAUAUAAGCGACCGAUACCUAGUAUCUAUAACUCCGUGCUACAGGAGCUCAUUGUCCAGCAACAUUUGAUGAGAUACAAGAAGUCAUACCGUUAUGAUCCUGUAUUUGCUCUUGGCUUUGUCACUGUAUAUGACCAACUCAUGGAAGGGUAUCCUAGUGAUGAGGACAGAGAUGCCAUCUUCCAAGCAUACAUUAACGCAUUGAAGGAAGAUCCAGCCCAAUACAGAGUAGAUGCACAGAAGUUAGAAGAGUGGGCUCGUGCUCAAAAUGCGACUUCUCUGAUUGAGUUUUCAUCUAGAGAAGGAGAAGUUGAGGGGACUUUAAAGGAUAUUGCAGAAAGAGCUGGUGGAAAUGGGGAUUUCAGUUAUAGUCGUUUCUUUGCAGUCGGCCUUUUUCGACUUCUUGAGUUAGCAAAUGCAAUGGAACCAACAAUUUUGGAAAAGCUUUGUUCGGCUUUGAAUAUCAACAAAAAAAGUGUUGAUCGAGAUUUGGACGUGUAUCGCAAUCUACUUUCUAAGUUGGUACAAGCUAAAGAGCUGCUAAAGGAAUACAUCGACAGGGAGAAGAAGAAAAUAGAAGAAAGGGCUGAACCACAAAAGGCUAAUGAGGCCAUAUCAAAAUGUUUGGGACAAGAGCAGUUUUCUAACAUGAUCACCAGAUAAAAAUUUGGUUUCCUCGACUCACCUUUUGUUCGUUCUGGGAAACUGAUAUCAGAAUGGGGCACUUUCAUGAUAUUGGUUUUGCAUAAUGUAUUUAUUGUAUCUUUUGUUGUAUCAAGUUAUACUCAAUUAAUUCACACGUUCAAUACAAUUUUAUAUAAUUCAUAUGUUCGGUCGCGUACCUGAAUAAUGAAUUGGAUUUUCUACA